CUGCUACUUCGUAAGAUGAGUUAUCAACCAUGGCGCCUUCCAAAGACAAAAUGCAUUUUCUGGAUAGAGGAAUUUGAGUUGUGCCUGUAUCUUCGACAUCCCCCAGCUGUUCAAUCUUUCUGGAAUCCUACAUCGACACGGGCAACGAAGCCGAUAACGAGAAUCCUACGCUUCCCGGAAAACGAUAGCGAAAACGAAACAAACUUCCAGAAGAACCGUCCAACAACGCAGCGACGAAUAUCGAACAAAACAACAGAGGCAGAUGGUCUGAACAAAGUUUUUGAGAGCUGUUGGGAUCUGUGUUAUAUAUAUUGUAGCAUAGGUUCCCUUGCCAGGAAGUAUUCGGAAAGCGGUUGUGACCUUGCGUCUUACAAUGAAGCCAGGAGAGAUAAUUUCCGCGUGCUCAAGGCACGAGCAAAAAUGACGACAAUGUCUGCCUGACACCGUGACUCAGCAUCUGCACCCGCUUGGAUCAUUUGACAUUCAAGCCAAUAUAAAGAGACGACGCUAUAAACUAAUACCCAGCUCGUCAAAGUGAUUACAUCGACUGAAUCCUGUAUUCACUUCAACACCAAUCAUUAGCCAAUCAACUGUUCCUGCAGACAUGGCCUCCUUACCAAGCAAAGAAGACUUCUUUCGCCUCCAGCUCGAAAUCGCCGAUUUCGAAUUACUUGAGAAAAACGAAGAAUGCCUAAUUUGUCUCGAACCGUAUGGCAGUAUAGUAGACACGAGCAUUUCUCUACUAUUAGCCUUGGAUUCUCCCCCGCAUGUCGCUAUCUUUAUCAGGGGCUGUGGCCAUAAAUUUGGCUCGUACUGUCUGAGAGAUUGGCUUCAAAAUAAUGAAACCUGUCCUGUUUGUCGAAAGGAACUUUCCAGUACUGCAUCCAAUGAUAACGCUAAUACCAUUGAUGCUGCUGAGGGGGGAUCUCAGACAUGGGCAACUCAAACUGGACCACAUCCAAAUGAGGAACUAGCAUUCCCAAGCAACCCUUUCUAUGACAUCAUUAAUAUGUUGGGACAAUUGGAAUUUGUUGGUACACCAAAUGCCUCGCAACUGCGGCAACAGAGGCAACGAUACCGAGAUGCUUUGCGAGAGGUUAUAGACCCGAUGACUGGCUUGGAAUUCGCAAACGUUAUCGAAUACUGUGAUCAGGAAAGUGAUAUGGACCUGCAAAUUUCUUCUGAACUUUCUACGUCGACCAUUGAUUUUAUCGAUUUUCUGGGACAAUUAGAAGAAGGAGACGAUUAUCUUGACAGGGCUAAGGAAUGGUUUAUCCGGUAUUUGUUGAAUUAUAUCGGGGACGAUCGAUAUGCUACUUGGAAUGUUUGA